CUCGCACCCCCUCCCUGUGAGGCUGCCUUACGUUAAGGGAAUUCUUCAUCAAUCAGUACUCAAGAGAAUUUCAAGUACUUAUAAAUUGAAAGCAAGAGAGCACUAGUGUCUUGUUUUAUCUUCAAGUGAUCUAAAAAAGAUGCUUUUCUUUUAUAGCCAUCAAUGGCGCUGAGUGCCAUCUCUGUCAUUCAAUCAAUUGUAACUUUACGCUUCUUUAGCUUAGAGAGAGAGUUCUUUCCUUGAGUAUGCAGAUUUUAACUCUUGCUCUUCUUACAGGUCUGCAAGAUGCAUUUCAUGAGUUUGGUAUUUCAUUUUUUUUUUUUUUAACGGAUGAGUUUAAUAGGUUUCAUAUUUGAUGUUUAAUGAGUUUGAUAUUUCAAGUUAGAGAAAGGGAAGAAAUUUUGCUAUUUGAUAGGUUUAAUGUUUGGUUUUGGAAUUUCUCUCAUCUCCAGAUGUUUAAAAUCAGUGAAUGAUGAUUUUUAGAGAAGUUGUUGUCAACAAUGAUUUUGUUGUUAACUAUGUGUUUCUGGAGUUGAUGGUUAUAGUGGUAAUGAUAAAAUUGCAGAGGUGGCUAGUUUAGUUACAAAAAUGGCAUUAAUGUUAAGAUUGCAGUGGACAGUGGUGGCUAAUGGCUCUAACAGCGCUGGUAGUGGGUGGUGGAAGUGGUCCAAUUGGUGGUGAUGGGUAACCUAGAUACCCAUGUGAUGAGAGAGGCGGUGAAUAUGGGUACACGUAUUAAGUUUUUUCUAAUUUAUUUAAGUCUUUUAUUAAGAUUUUUGUGGGAGUGGCCCAUAUAAUACAAGCAUCCAUCUCGUAAAGAAAAAAUGCUCUCAUUUGUCCACAUCAGUACAAGUUAACUGAUGUUUAGUCUUAAACCAAUGGAAGGGCUUGGAUGGAUUAUUCAGGGGCCUGGCUGUACCUUCAGCCUCUAAUGUAUUCUUACAUAUGUACAAUGCAUUUGCUCAUCACAAGUGUUUGAUUUCAUUACCGGAACCUGUUACUUGAGCAACUUGUAAGCAUCCAUUGUGGAGAAAUGAAAAUCUUCUGAAAUUAGCAAUUCUGUCUGCUACCGCAAUUUCAGUAUUGAAAAUUGGAUAUCUGAUGAUAAUUUGCGUAGAAGAAAUUCUGACAUGCUUUUGCCCAAAGUGUGAAAAGUGCCUGAAUGGAUACUGUAAAGCACUACUGCUUUGCCAUUGGAUAUUGUAGAACACCUGUCAGAAUGUCUCCCUACCCACAAGGGGAAAUGGGACAAGUUGUAAAACAAGUGCACUGGAAAAAACUCACGUAAUCAUCUCUUACAAGUUAUGGUUCCUACGAUUGCUCUGAAUCUGAUCCUUCAAAUCAAUUACUUUCUUUUUUUUGCUUGAAACGUAAGCUGUACUUCGUCAUAUUCCAGCGCUUUACCAUCACAUCAUUUUGAAAAAUGAUUAAAGUUUCUGUUUACUCUUAAUUAACCAUUAUAGAGAUCUUUCAGCCUAUAUUCUUCUCAAAAUUUCUGCUAAUCUUAAUCUAUUUUCAAGAAAGUGUCAUGAGAAAGCCUCUCUAUAUUAUUAUUUGAUACUCUCAUUUUGCUGCAACCUGCAGGCAUCGAUUUCUUCUAUAUAUACAACUUAUCAAACAUAAAAACAGCAAAAGCUUCUCCAUGGAUGUUUAUGAGAAGAUCAAUAAGGCAGUUAUAGUCUGUUCCGCUAUCCAGGCAAUGCGUGGCGUUUCACCAGCAAAUUCUUUAGCGAAAAUUCCUGUGAAAACCAUUGAAUUCCACUACGAACCAUAUUUUUCAAAACAUCACAGGUCAGCAGGACUCGAAAAUGGAGAGGCAGAUGAUGCGGUUCUCAUCAACUUUGAUUAUUCAUGCAAGCAGCCUCCACCAAGUGAGAAGCAUAAGCCGCUUGUGUCCAUUCAAAAGAACACUCAAGUAGCCAAAGUUUCUUUCAGGGUUGAACCCUAUUCUGACCAAGAAUCCAGGGCCAACCCCAAGGUGGGAUCACCUCAAUGUAACACACAAGAAGGAAGGAAAUUAGGAGUGCAAGUUGAAGAUAGUGUCACUGAUUAUAUCAACCGUGUAAAGAAUAGGAUGAGUAAAUCAGAUGUUCGCAGUGUGUCAAAUGUAAGUGAUGGUAAGAAUGUUUCAAGAAAAGAUGAGUUUUCGGAAUAUAUUAAUCGUGCUGGGAUUAAGAUCAGAACUACAUCAGGUAUUGGUGCUGGAAGAUUUUGAUGAAUGAUGAAAAUAUUGGUAGUAGUGAGACCUCCACAUUCUAUUUGCGGAUGUCUGUAUAAACUUGUAGCUAUGUGUCCUGUUUACAUUCUAAUAUCAAGCAUUUGAUAUCAUGGCAGAAGAAGAUAAAAAACAUGGAUGGAAUCACUUUCUAAUCUGUUGUUCCUAAUUGGUAUUUCUUGUAAUAGAAUCAAAAUUCUAUAUAUCCUAUUAGGCUGAUUUGUUUCUGGAGUAAUUUUUGCAAAAGCUUGUAAUUCUGAGUGAUUAAUCAUACAAUGAUGUUAGCAACUUCUACAAUAAACCUGUUAAGGUAUCAUAUGAUAACAGGAUAAUUAAUUACUAA